AUGGCACCAUUUUUGCCAGCAGAUGUUUUAUGUCAAAUAUUUCAAAAUUUAUCAGAUCAAAAAUCUUUAUAUUCUUGUCUAUUAGUAAAUCGUUUAUGGUGUGCAACUUCGGUAGAAUACCUUUGGUCAAAACCUUUUCGUUUCAUAUACACUUGCAAUAUCAUAUCUUGUAAUUGUCAUAAAGAAUCAAGAAUCUCCCGAAGUUCUAAAUUAAUUGAAAUUUAUCUAAGUUGUUUAACUGAAAAAGAAAAAAUUUUUUUAAUGGAAAAUGGUAUUAAAUUACCUUUUGAAUCUCCUUUAUUUGAUUACGCGGCUUUCAUUCGUUAUUUGGAUUUGGAUGAAUUUUAUACCUCUAUAAGAGAUUGGUUGGAAUCAAAUAUAAUUUUCAUGGCUGGUCUUAUGGAUUAUGAUUCAAAACAACUCUUGGAUUUUGGAAUUUCUCAAAAAAAACAGAAAAAAUUUAAAUUUUCAAAAGUUGUUCGUUACUUAAAAUCUUUUGGUUCUAAUAGAAGAAAAAUUGAUGAUAAAAUCACUGAACUUUUAUGUCGUUUAUUAAUGAGAAGAAGUUCUACUCUUAAACAAUUAUCUAUCGAUAGAACUUAUUCUACUCGUGAUCUCAAUGAAUUUAGGUGCGCUUCUUUACCUCCUUUAAUGGAUCGUUUUCAAAACACUCGUCCAGUUCCUGAUCAAUAUAUCUUACUCCCCGCUUACCCUGGUGCCAUUUCUUGUUUAUCUUCUUUAAGUGAAUUAAUAUGUACAACUCGUCAAUCAAAAAGAAAAUUAUUUGAUUUAUUAUCUGAAAUUUCUAUUAGAAUUAAUAAAAUUUCUGUAAUGAUGGAUUAUUCUUCAACUAAUUGGCACGGUACAAGGUCGAGAAAAGAUGAUUCUGAUCUUGAAGAUGAAGCUAAAAGUUUGGCUACUCUUAUUCGUGUUCAACAAUCUUUACAACAUUUUGAAAUUUAUUGUUGUGAAAAUGGUUCAA